AUGAGAGUAGUUGCGAAUAGUACAGUGCGGCCGCCUAUGUCUGUGGAGAACCUCAAAAAGCUAGGUUUUGAUGGCUACUUGUCUGAUUUUAUCACGGGUCCUGAUGCAGUUAUCCAAGGUCUCAAUAACCGUUCAUCAUUACAUUGUAUUCCAGUGGCUCUGUCGCCUAUAGAUCAAAAUACAGUGAAGAAAUUGCUUCAACCUGGAAGUGAUGGAAAAGUACCUUUUCUACGGUUCGUGGUUGAGAACAGUUUAUUUAUGGUUGGCCGCUCGCGAUAUGGUUCUAAACAGGUAUUCUACCAGACGGAGCAUAUCGGUGAGGCGCACCUUAUGGGUUCCGAAGGUUUGACAGAGGAGGUUAAACAGGAGAUUCAAAGAAGACUCCAGGAUUUAAAACUCAAGAUCGAACGUUUCAAAGAUUCUAUAUCUAAGUUGGAGAAGAAAAAGCAAGAUUAUCAACAAGAUCUUACAAGUUUAGAUGACGAGCUUAAAGAAUUAGAUCAGGAAUUUAGAAGUCUACGAAAGAAAAGAGAAGCAAGACUUAAGUUCGAGGAGAACAUCAAGCAUAUUGAAUCAAGGGUUCAUCAAUUAUCACAAAACACGAAAAAGGACUUCACUCAGAAGAUUGCUGAAGCUGAAACAAAUUUAAUGACAAAAUAUGUAAACUACUCUGAUUUUAUGGAAGAGAUUGUUCGACUCAAUGAAGAGUUAGUUGGCUGUACUAUAGAAGUCAAGAAGAAAGAACUUUUACGACAACAACAGGAGAAUCGUCACUUGGUAUUUCAGUCUCUUCUUCUGGAACUUGAGGAGAAGAAGAAAGAGCUCACAGAGAAGUAUCUUGAAGCCAAGAGCAAAUAUGACGAAUAUAAAAAGGGUGAUGCUGCUGAUGAAAUUCGAAACCAGACUUUAACGACUGAAGAGAGAGAGGCUGUGAAGCAUUUAGCAGAGGUAUAUUUAGCAGAGGGAAGGCUUUCAGAAAGCUAUGUAUUAAUGCGGAUAGAACAACUUGAAGACGAUUUGUCUGUUUUGUCACACCUGGACAGAGGUUCCUUGGAGCUUUUGAAGUCUAAGAAAGCAGAUCUUGAAAUCGCAGAAAAGCAGGUUCCUCAAUUAAUGAAGCAAAAAACGGACCUAAAGAUGAGGAUGGAUAACAUUUGCAGUUCGUGGGAAAGAGAUCUUACAGCUAUGGUCUCUAAAAUAUCACUGGCUUUCCAAAAGAAUUUCAUAACUGUUGCAAGUGAUGGACAGGUUGAAUUGGUUAAGAGUGAACGCUUCAAAGACUGGAAAUUGGAAAUUCUAGUUAAGUUUAGAGAAAAUUCUGAGCUUAAAGUUCUCGAUCACCAAUCUCAAUCAGGAGGCGAAAGAGCCGUUUCUACCAUCUUUUUCAUCAUGGCGCUUCAAGGGUUGACAAACGCCCCAAUCCGUAUUGUGGAUGAGAUUAAUCAAGGAAUGGAUCCCAAAAAUGAGAAAAUGGCACACAAAUAUUUGGUACAUACUGCCUGUAAAACGGGUUCGUCUCAAUAUUUUUUGGUCACUCCAAAGUUGUUAACGGGAUUGUUCUAUCAUCCAAAAAUGGCUAUUCAUUGUAUUUUUACUGGGCCUCUCCUCAAAAAGAAUAGUGGACCAUCUGAAGGUCCUGGAUUUUUAAAUCUACAAAGAAAUAACUAUGUACAAAGUUAA